AUGACUGAAUCUCUCAACCCUCCCCUUUCCUACGAGGCCUCGGCCACCACCACCCACCCUCAUGAGGCGACCUCGCUGCCUACCGAGGUGGUUUCCUGCCUGAAAAACUCCCGCUUCGUAUGUACCUGCCCGCCCCAAGACCCGCGGAAUCGAUUGAAUCGCUGCAUCUGGCAACAUGCGAUAAUCUCACCCCCGCACAUCUCCCUCAUGUCCUAUACCUACCUCCCGUCGACUCCCUAUGACCCCUACCCGACCAUUAUCAUGACAACCAACCCCGCCUCGCGUAAGACCAACCACCUCAUGUCCAACCCGCGCGUUUCGCUCCUGGUUCACGAUUGGGUAUCCCAUCGCCCGCCGACCCGUGCUCCAAAUGUCCACGGAGACCGGGAAGGGUCGCCCCCUCCCGCGGCCACCCGAUCCUCCCUCGCAAGCCUCCUGCUCAACCUGAACACCAGUGCACUGUCCAGCAUCUCCACCACUAUUACUGGCGAGGCACGCUUCCUGGAGUCUGGAUCGGAUGAAGAGUCCUGGUGUAAGGAGCGGCAUUUGGAGAAUAACACUUUCGAGGAGGAGGAAAUCAACCUGUUCGGCCAGCAGCAACGGGAAGACCCUAGUGCCCGUCGGCCGAGCAUGUCUAUCGAUAAUGACGUGCGGGUAGUCACGGUGCGAGUGUGUAAGGGUCGUAUUGCGGAUUGGAAGGGUGGUGUCCGCGACUGGAUCUUGCUCCCGGCGGAGAAUGCGCAAGCUGGUCUGGUCAAUGGCAUCUAG